AUGCUUUUAGAGCUGAGAGAGAGGAAAAGCUUUUCACUGAGCAUAGUGAUAAGUUCGACGCCUUUCCAAGUGGCAUCGUACACUAAAGCAAUCAAAGUGACUGUGGAUGGACCCAGAGAACCACGAUCCAAAUCAAACUUCAACUACCUAGGCCAACACCCAGGGGCGUUUGGACCGUUUGCCAUGCUGCCUCCCCAGUGGCUAGAUGCCACAUAUCUCAGCUACGCCUGGCCUGAGUACUUCCGACGGCCUCCAACAGCCGCCUCCGACCUGUAUAAACUGCCUCCAACAGCCGCCCCCGACCUGUGCAAACUGCCUCCGCCCCCGGGUGGGGCGGUGCCGCCUCCGAUGCAUCACCAGGCUGCUGGUGUCAAAGGUCUUCCGAACCCCGCCUCCGCCGACUUCUUCCUACCGCCUCCAGGUCUAGCUCUCACACCCGCCUCCCUCUACCCGCACCCGCUUCUCCACCCCCACUACCCGCCCCCGAUGACCGCCGAUCUACUGAUGGCUGCAGCAUCACCCGUGCUUGGCGCCGCAACCUCGCCAAUACCGCUCCCGUGUCUAGGAGACCCAGUUCGCCCAAUGCAGUCUCCGGGUCUCGGAGACCCAGUUCGCCAAUGCCGCCCCCGGAUCUAGGAGACCGCCCCGCGGUCUGAGUGGGGCGUCUAGCGGUAGUGAGGAUAGUGACGGUGGAUCGCCUGAAUUGACCGCGCGGUCUGCGUUUCAACAGGUCCGUCCAGCGGCCGUCAAAUCACGACCAGCAAGUCCCGAAAUCAACGUGACGUCACCGGCACCUCCGACGACAACGCACGACGACACACAACGACCGUCGUACGACACACGACGACCGACAUACGACGACGACA